AAUAAAAUCUUAUAAUUUCAUGAAUUCAGGGUUUUGUAAUUUUAGGAUGCCCCAUCCUCGCCAAUGAAUAAAUCCCUUACCCAACCAUCACUUCAAACCUUAAUUUCCACCAGAAGGAAACGUUAAGAACAUAUACUUCACAAACUCGCAAUCUACGCUAGAAACACACACAACCCAUAUCAUUCCUUUUUAUCUUCCUACAUAUACCUUCAACAAUGGCCCCAUGUCCGCUUUUAUUACCUUCUAAUCCCAAAAUUCAUACCAAAAACAAUAACCCAUAUUACUUCUAUUCCUCCACCUAAAGAAAAUGGCUCAAUCCUUUGCAUUCGGGAUUACCGGAAAAGUAUUGGAGAAACUAGGCAAUGUUGCCUACGAAGGAAUUUGCUCCGCAUGGGGUGUUCGAAAGGAGUUCGAAAAGCUUAAAGACACGCUAGCUGCUAUCAGAGCUGUGGUCCUGGAUGCUGAACAACAACAGGCUCGUACCCAGGAGCUCAGUCUUUGGAUACAAAGGUUCAAAGAUGCUUGCUACGACGUGGAAGAUUCGAUAGACCAGUUCGAGAUCGAAGCAUUGAGGAGGCAAGUCCUGGAAUGGGAAGUACCGGAAAGAAGGGACAUGAAUAAGGAGGAAUUACAUAAAGUUUUACAAGAUUGUUUGAAUGGUAAAAGAUUUUUGAUGGUACUAGAUGAUGUCUGGAAGGACAAGAAGAAACGGAGUGAGCUGAAAGAUUUGUUGUGUGGGGGAGCCCAAGGGAGUAUAAUAAUUGUCACAACUCGUAGCCGCAAAGUGGCUACAAUCACAGGCACAGUCUCUCCAUAUGAUUUAGAGCAUCUUUCUUAUGAGAAUUGUAUGUCAUUGUUUCUUAAACUUGCCUUUAAAGAAGGCGAAGAGAAACAGCAUGUCAAUCUUGUAAGAAUAGGGGCAGGAAUUGUUAAAAAAUGCGAAGGGGUUGCUUUGGCCGUGAAGACUUUAGGCAGCCUACUCUGUUCAACAAGGGUACAACAUGAUUGGGAACUUGUGAGAGAUAGUGAACUAUGGAAGUUGAGACAGGAGGAAAAUGACAUCUUGCCUGCUUUAAAACUAUGUUAUGAUCAAUUGCCCUGGUAUUUAAAGCAAUGUUUUGCCUUCUGUUCAGUUUUUCCAAAAGCUUUUCAAUUUAAUGAUCACUUUUUAAUCUCGGUGUGGAAGGCAAAUGGCUUUUUGCAAUCACCCUACGAAAAUGAAGAGCCAGAAGAUAUUGGGAAUCGGUAUAUACAAGAGUUACUAUCAAGAUCUUUCUUCCAACAAGUUGAAGAGGAGCUUUGUAAUUCAGUCUUCAAAAUGCAUGAUUUAGUACAUGAUCUUGCAUUAUCAGUGGCGCAAAAUGAGGUGAAUUCAUGUAACCAUUAUUCGACUGGGAAUGUUCGACAUUUAUGGUUUGAUCUAUCAAAGCAAGAUGCUUCCCAGUUGCCAAAUAACUUGAGCCGUCUGCAAUCACUUUUCUUAUUAGAUAGAGAAGGCAAGGCUGAUAGCGAAUCUCUUAUUGCAGAAGUCAUCUCAAGGUCUAAACAUCUGAGGGUGUUAGAUUUGGGUGACUGGAGUUUUGAGCAUUUUCCAAACAAUAUAUGUUAUUUAAAGCAGUUGAGAUUUUCGAACCUAUCCUCCAAUGGAAAUAUAAGAAGACUUCCAAAUUUCAUUUGCAAUUUGCAGAGUUUGCAAACACUUCACCUUGGUGGAUGUUGGGGAAUUGAAGAGUUACCAAAAGACAUAAGGUACCUGAUUAGCCUUAGAGAAUUAAUGGUAACAACAAAACAGACGCGUUUGCAAGAGAAUGGAAUAUCGUACCUAACUUCUCUUCGACUGUUGGGUUUUUGUAGUUGUGAAAAUUUAGAAAAAUUGUUUGAAGGCAUUCAAAACCUAACAGCCCUUCGAAUAUUGUGUAUCGAAGAUUGCAAAAACUUGGUUUCAUCGCCGCAAGGUUUAAAAUACCUAACUACAUUAGAAGUUUAGGUAAUUUCCGAUUGUGAAAAGCUAGAUCUCACUGUUUUGGAGUUGGAACUUGAGAGGAAAGAAGGUGGUAGUCUCCGGAAACUGGCGAUUUGAGGAGUGCCAAAGCUGGAGUCACUACCCCAAUGGAUUCUUCUAGGAUCCACCAAAACUUUGCAGCACUUGUAUAUUAUAGAAUUGGAGAAUCUCUCGACUUUACCAACUUGGUUCCAAGAUCUCACAUCCCUCAAAAGUCUUUACAUUAAGGUUACAACACCUCACUGCACUCAAAAGGUUAAUGAUUGAGGAGUGUCCAAAAUUAAGCAAAAAAUGCACCGGUGAAGACUGGUCUAAAUUUGCUCAUGUCCCUGAGAUAUAUUGUGACCAAAUAGAUGACAAAUAGAUAAGGUAAGUUACGUUUGGUACUCUGUUAAAGUCUUGUUCACGAGUCGAUUUGUAUCAGUAACAAUGUUAUACUAAUUUGAGUGCUUCAUGGCUUGUUGUGUCUCUUUUCUUUUCCUAACAGCAUUAGGAUAUUAUUUUGAAUAUAAAAACUUCAAAUGUUUUUCCAUUUA